AGAACCCAAGUACUCACUCGAACUUCAUAUCUUGAGCAAACAGACCAACCAUGGCCCCUCCAACCAAAGCCCAAAUUGCCGACCUCAUCACCCGGUACAUCGCUUACGCCCGCAACGACGCUAAACCCGACCUCAAACUCAUCGGCGACAUCGUCAGAUUCUACGGAUCCUUCCCCAACCCGGGCAAUUGGGAAUGGGACGACACCCCGGGCAAAUCCGUUGUCUCCUGCUUCCAAGGCAUAUCCUUCAUCUGUUGGAGAUUCAGCAGCGUCAACAGUUCCGCCAACGCUGUCGACGCUGUGACGCUUUACAAGGACCUCACUUUGCAAAAUUAUAACGUUUGGGCGUCGAUGACGGACCUUACGAAGAAGGAGAACUUUAGGAGGGAUUGUUCCGCGUUGACGGAUACAGAUACAUUGAAGGAUUAUCAGCAGAUUACUUGGGAUAAGAAGGUUCAGAGGGCCGAGAUCUGCGAGGCGGCGAUGACGGUUACUUCGGCUAUGUAUGGGUCAGGUACUCCUCAGGCGGAUAGGUCGGAGGCGUUGUGGAACAACAGGAACGCGAACCAGAACGCUUAGGGAAGACACAAGGGAGGUAGUUGAAUGGCCUGCAGUGGAGUUUAAAGGAAAUAUCGUAGGAGAACAGACAAAUGAUUUGUACAGAGUUUGAAUGACGGACCGUAGGGCUUACAACAAGGAGAACUUGCUUUGGCAGAUAAGUUAGGUCGUGGAGGUUUUGCGGCAGUUUCGAUUUAUCAAGUGUGGUCAUUUCAAGGACUCCCUGCACCGGAGCCAAUACAAUGACUCUCACCUUUGACUAUUAUUGGGCAUUUGUAAACCGUAUUCUGCCACCGCUCUGCCAACCCCCAACAGAAAAUUG